AUGGGUUAUCAAAAAAUAUGGCGUGAGAUCUCUAAAUCUCCUGUUAUAACUGAGGAGUUUAUAAUUUUCUCCCAACAAGAAGUAAAUUGGGAUUUAAUUUGUCGUUAUCAAAAGCUCAGUGAAGAUUUUAUGAGAACUUAUUUAAAUCGAGUUAAUUGGAAUGUUGUUUCUAAAUAUCAAGUUUUGAGUGAAAAAUUUAUAGACGAAUUUAAAGAAAACUUAGAUUGGGAAUAUAUCUGCAAGUAUCAGAACUUAUCCAUAGAUUUCAUGAGGGCAAAUAAGCAUUAUUUGGAUAAUGAGAACGUUGAAUUGUAUCAGUAUAUCGAUGACGAUUUUUUAGCACAUCUUAAAAAUUAG